ACUUAUCGUCUAAAUCUGCUCAGGUACCGACACAACGAUUUCAAGAUGAUCCGUGCUGUUGCCCUUCUCUGUCUUAUUGUCGGUGCAUUUGCAAUCCCUGUUCCAAAGGAUAAUUAUCCUAAACCAGGAUGUGGACAGUACGGAUGUUCUCACAACAUCCACUUUAAUGGGCAAGGUGUUGCUGGGGGUAUACACAGUGGUGUCAACGACAAUGGAUUUGAAGCCAGGUUUUUUCCAUUAGAUGGAGGAAACGCAGCCGCCGCCUCAGCAGCUGCAAGUGGUUUCAACGCUGCUGCCUCUGCCGCAGCCGCCUCAAACCGAGGAUUUAAUGAACAUCAAGGUGUAAUUGGCUUCAACAAUGGAUUUGAUGCCGGACUCAUCGGUGGAAACUCAGCUGCUGCUUCAGCAGCUGCAAGCGGUUUAAACGCUGCUGCCUCUGCCGCAGCCGCCUCAAACAGAGGAUUUAAUGGACAUCAAGGUGUAAUUGGCCUCAACAAUGGAUUUAAUGCUAGAACCAUGGAUGGAAACUCACAGAUUAUUGGACCUCUCAAUGGACUACCUGCUUACCCAGCGCCAGCCGUCUAUUAUCCAUCUGGGCCAGUAUCUAAUGUUGUCGGUGGUUCAUCCGCUGCUGCCUCCGCAUCUAGCGCGAAGAUGGGACCUAGAAUCGGAAUGGGAGGUUUUACUGCACCUCAAUUUACAAAUCGCAUCGACAAUUUCAUGUUUAAUCCAAUCUUAACCGGACAAAACCCCGGAGCUUCUGCUGCCUCCGCCGCUGCCUCUGCCAGCCAACGCGGUGCCGCCUUCGCUGCUGCUGCUGCCUCUAGCGCCAACUUGAGAUCAGGAAUCGGAAUGGGAGGUCUCAUUGGAUCCCAACUCACAGGUCACCGUAAUGGUCCUGUAAUUCAGCCUUUCCAAGGUGUACCAUACCCUGUUGGUCCUCUUAUCGGACAAAACCCCGGAGCUGCAGCUGCCGCCGCUGGUUUUGCUACUUCCAACGGUGCCGCAUCCGCUUCCGCUGCUGCAUCUGGAUCCCAAGGAUUUAUUGACGGUGGCAUUUUGCAAGGGAGAUCACCAAGGAUUAUCAACUCCAACAUUGUCCCUGGCAGAAAGGUGUACUAAUGUACAAGCAGUAUUAAAGCGGACUGUGAUAGACACACACAAACAACAUUUGUGAUUGAGACUGUUUUUGUUAAAUAUAUUAUUGUUCUUUGAAUAAAUUAUUGUACAGUGUAAA